GGAGGUCCUGUUCCGGGAAGAGGUUGCAAGGCUGUGGUGAAGGCAGGUGCAGCCCCAGCCUCCACUAGAGCUGUCCCCUGCCCCUGCACUCGAGGGCCCCCCCCCACACUGGGGAUGGCACUGCAGAGGCAGGAAAGGACGGGUGGGGGAGCCACUGUCCUGAGAGUGCCGGCCACGGGCAGGGGCUGAGGCAUGAGGGUGAAGAGUCUUCUUGGGACUGGGGAGGGCCUGGCAGGUGUGUCCCAGUCUCUCACUGCCCUUAGGCUGGGCUCUGGGCCUUAGUUCCUCCCCGGACUUCCCAGAGGACAGGUGUGAGGCCCUGGCGGGAUGCAGGCUGUCUGGGAGGGGAGUGGAAAGAGGAAGGGGUGAAGGGACUGUCUGCCACCUGACUAUGCAAAUGGCCUCUGACUCAUGGGACCCUGGCCCCCUCACCAUGGGCAGGAGUUGGUGGGGAGCCACUAGGCUGUUUCAAAAUUCUCACUUCCUCUGUUGUCUGAGUUGCUGCGGCCCCAGAGGGAAGGGACCCAGAGUGCUCCGAGUGCGAAGCAUCCUUCCCUGCAGCUGCUGCUCGGCCUGCCAGCCAGACCCCCUGGAGCAGACCCUACUCCCGUCAUGGGUUCCUGCCGUGGUGCCCUGCACCCCCUGUCUCUGCUGGUGCAGGCCGAGGCCCUGGCUGUGGCCCUAGCUCUGGGUACCCUGCCUGCCUUCCUCCCCUGUGAGCUCCAGCCCCGUGGCCAGGUGAACUGCAACUGGCUCUUCCUGAAAUCUGUGCCCCACUUCUCCGCGGCAGCACCCCGUGGCAACGUCACCAGCCUUUCCUUGUCCUCCAACCGCAUCCACCACCUCCGUGACUCUGACUUUGCCCACCUGUCCAGCCUGCGGCGUCUCAAUCUCAAGUGGAACUGCCCGCCGGUCAGCCUCAGCCCGAUGCACUUCCCCUGCCACAUGACCAUCGAGCCCCACACCUUCCUGGCUGUGCCCACCCUGGAGGAGCUGAACUUGAGCUACAACAGCAUCACCUCCGUGCCUGCCCUGCCCAAAUCCCUUGUGUACCUGUCCCUGAGCCGCACCAACAUCCUGGUGCUGGAUGUUACCAGCCUCUCGGGCCUGCACGCCCUGCGCUCCCUAUAUAUGGACGGCAACUGCUAUUACAAGAACCCCUGCAGGCAGGCACUGAAUGUGACCCCAGGCGCCCUCCUUGGCCUGCGCAACCUCACUCACCUGUCGCUCAAGUACAACAACCUCACAGAGGUGCCCCGCAACCUGCCCCCCAGCCUUGAGUAUCUGCUGUUGUCCUACAACCGCAUUGUCAAAUUGGUGCCGGGGGACCUGGCCAAUUUGACUGCCCUGCGUGUGCUUGAUGUGGGCGGAAACUGUCGCCGCUGUGACCAUGCCCGCAAUCCCUGCAUGGAGUGCCCGCGUCACUUCCCCCAGCUACAUCCUGAUACUUUCAGCCACCUCAGCCAUCUUGAAGGCCUGGUGUUGAAGGACAGUUCUCUCUCCAGGCUUGACGUCAGAUGGUUCCGUGGUCUGGGCAACCUCAAAGUGCUGGACCUGAGUGAGAACUUCCUCUAUGACUGCAUCACCAAGACCAAGGCCUUCCAGGGUCUGGCACAGCUGCGCAAGCUCAACCUGUCCUUCAAUUACCAAAAGAGAGUGUCCUUUGCCCACCUGCAGCUGGCAUCCUCCUUCGGGAGCCUGAUCUCACUGCAGGAGCUGGACAUGCAUGGCAUCUUCUUCCGCUUGCUCAAUGAGACCACGGUCCGGCCACUGGCCCAGCUGCCCAUGCUCCGGAUCCUGCGUCUGCAGAUGAACUUCAUCAACCAGGCCAACCUCAGCAUCUUUGGGGCCUUCCCUGGCCUGCGCUAUGUGGAUCUGUCCGACAACCGCAUUAGUGGAGCUGCAAAGCUGGCGGCCACCGUGGGGGAGGCGGAUGGCGGGGAGAAGGUCUGGCUGCAGCCUGGGGACCUUGCUGCAGGCCCACUGGACAUCCCCAGCUCUGAGGACUUCAUGCCCAACUGUAAGACCUUUAACUUCACCUUGGACCUCUCAAGGAACAACCUGGUGACGGUCCAGCCGGAGAUGUUUGCCCAGCUCUCUCACCUCCAGUGCCUUUGCCUGAGCCACAACAGCAUUUCACAGGCGGUCAACGGCUCUCAGUUCCUGCCGCUGACCAGGCUGCGGAUGCUGGACCUGUCUCAUAAUAAGCUGGACCUGUACCACGGGCGCUCGUUCACAGAACUACCACGCCUGGAGGCCCUGGACCUCAGCUACAACAGCCAGCCCUUCAGCAUGCAGGGCGUGGGCCACAACCUCAGCUUCGUGGCCCAGCUGCCCUCCCUGCGCUACCUCAGCCUGGCACACAACGACAUCCACAGCCGUGUGUCCCAGCAGCUCUGCAGCACCUCGCUGCGGGCACUGGACUUCAGCGGCAAUGCCCUGAGCCGUAUGUGGGCCGAGGGAGACCUCUACCUCCGCUUCUUCCAAGGCCUGAGAGGCCUGGUCCGGCUGGACUUGUCCCAGAAUCGCCUGCAUACCCUCUUGUCCUGCAACCUGUACAACCUCCCCAAGAGUCUGCAGCUGCUGCGUCUCCGUAACAAUCACCUGGCCUUUUUCAAGUGGAGCAGCCUCACCUUCCUGCCCAACCUGGAAGCCCUGGACCUGGCGGGAAACCAGCUGAAGGCCCUGACCAACGGCACCCUGCCUGCUGGCACUCGGCUGCGGAGGCUGGACCUCAGCGGCAACAACAUCGGCUUCGUGGCCACCGGCUUCUUUGUCCUGGCCGUGGAGCUGCGAGAGGUCAACCUCAGUGCCAACGCCCUCAAGACGGUGGAGCCCUCCUGGUUUGGACCCUUGGCAAGUUCCCUGAAAAUCCUGGAUGUGAGCGCCAACCCUCUGCACUGCGCCUGUGGGGCAGCCUUCGUGGACUUCCUGCUGGAGGUGCAGGCAGCCGUGCCUGGGCUGCCCAGCCGGGUGAAGUGUGGCAGUCCCGGCCAGCUCCAGGGCCGCAGCAUCUUCGCACAGGACCUGCGCCUCUGCCUGGACGAGACCCUCUCCUGGGACUGUUUUGGCCUCUCACUGCUGGCUGUGGCUCUGGGCCUGGCUGUGCCCGUGCUGCACCACCUUUGCGGCUGGGACCUCUGGUACUGCUUCCACCUGGGCCUGGCCCGGCUUCCCCGGUGGGGACGGUGGGGAGAGGACCCCCUGCCCUAUGAUGCCUUCGUGGUCUUUGACAAGGCGCAGAGUGCCGUGGCCGACUGGGUGUACAACGAGCUGCGGGGGCGGCUGGAGGAGCACCGUGGGCGCCGGGCACUCCGCCUGUGCCUGGAGGAGCGCGACUGGGUGCCGGGCAAGACACUGUUCGAGAACCUGUGGGCCUCGGUCUACGGCAGCCGCAAGACGCUGUUUGUGCUGGCCCACACGGACCGGGUCAGCGGCCUCCUGCGCGCCAGCUUCCUGCUGGCCCAGCAGCGCCUGCUGGAGGACCGCAAGGACGUCGUGGUGCUGGUGAUCCUGGGCCCCGACGCCGGCCGCUCCCGCUACGUGCGGCUGCGCCAGCGCCUCUGCCGCCAGAGCGUCCUCCUCUGGCCCCACCAGCCCAGCGGUCAGGGCAGCUUCUGGGCCCAGCUGGGCGUGGCCCUGACCAGGGACAACCGCCACUUUUAUAACCGGAACUUCUGCCGCGGACCCACGGCCGAAUAGCCCUGAGCCGCGGUGCCGCCCGGCCCCCUCCACGCUCGCCCCCCUCUCCUGCCUCGCCUGUGCCCCCACCGGCCCCCCAGCCCGACCUGGAAUAGAGCAGGUACUCAAUAAAUGCCACCGGAGGC